CCUCCUCCUCACAGCAGCAGCAUCAUCAGAGUCAGCAGCAGCAGCAGCAGCAGCAUGAUGAGGAUGAGGAUGAGGAUGAUGAGGGUCGCCCUGCUGCUGGUUUUGGCUCUGACAGGAGUCUGUAAUGGAAUCCUCCCUGAGAUCGUGAACUCAGGCGUCAUCCUGGAGGAUCACACGCAGCACAGCCGCGACUACGUGGAAGUGAAACCACAGCUGCCACGGGGUCCACGGCUGCUGCCACAGGAUCCACAGGAUCCACGGCUGCUGCCACAGGAUCCACAGCUGCCACAGGAUCCACAGCUGCUGCCACAGGAUCCACAGCUGCCACAGGAUCCACAGGAUCCACAGCUGCCACAGGAUCCACAGCUGCCACAGGAUCCACAGCUGCCACAGGAUCCACAGGAUCCACAGCUGCCACAGGAUCCACAGGAUCCACAGCUGCCACAGGAUCCCGAGGAUGCAUCGAACCAGGAGAACAACAACAUCAGCAGCGGCAUCAUCAGCAGCAGCAGCAGCAGCAGCAGCAGCGGUGAGCUGGGCAACAGCAUCGACCACAGAUGCGUCGACGACGACGACUGCGGGAAAAGCAGAUACUGUGUGAAAGCCCCGCUCGGCUCCAGGUGCACGCCCUGCAAAGCAACGGAUGUGUCGUGCACGAAGGACGGAGAGUGCUGUGGUGACCAGCUGUGUGUGUGGGGUCAGUGCAGUGAAAAUGCAACCAGAGGAGAAGCGGGCAGCACGUGUCAGCACCAGAGUGACUGCAGGCCCGAGCUCUGCUGUGCUUUGCAUAAAGCCUUGCUCUUCUCUGUCUGCUCGGCCAAGCCCAUCGAGCGAGAGCGCUGCUUCGGUGCCUCCAACCACCUCAUGGAGCUGCUGUCCUGGGACCCUGAGGACAACGGAGCCAGGAAACACUGUCCCUGUGCUGGAGAGCUGCACUGCCAGCACCUGGGGAGAGGCUCCAUGUGUCUGAAAAGAGAGGACUCCAGUGAAGAGGACCUUUCAGACUCGCUGUACUCAGAGAUCGACUACAUCAUCUAGAUCACAAGCAGCUUGGUUUGACUCUCGUCGCCGUGGAAACAAACAGACUGAGCUCCACUGACUCUAGAGCUUCACUGUAAAACAGUCGUUGCACUCGAGCUGGAAAACAAAAACUUAAAACUUAACCUG